AUGGAGAGAACUGUGGGGACCAUCAAGGCAAUGUGCCACAGUCGGUCGUCUCCAAACCGCAACCUGUCGCUGCAGAUGUUGGAGCGUGAGAGAUUUCAAUACCUGCCCCUAAUCGCUAUAGUUCCCUUCGGUUUUAACGACUCGGAGACAAAGGAGAAACGUCUGUUUGGACUCAGUGAAAGAGACAAAGCCUUCUAUCCCGAUUAUCCGGACUGCCUACUCAUGGGGCCAAAGGUUUCACGCCUACUCAACCGGUAUGAGAGGGCCAACCUUAGAGGGCUUCAUGCAAGCGUAACGGGCAGAAGUUCACGUGCACUGCCUGCUGAGCUAUUCUCUUGUGUGUUCAAGCUGUGGGGAAGAGCAGUGGCUGGUAAGGUUCUCAAUAAUGAGAAUGAUUAUGAGGUGGUAGGCUCCAAGAUCCCAAACGCGCAGGCUGCCUUUCGUGUUGCUACAUCUCAGCGGAACGAUUCAUGGGUUCGUUGUAUUAUGGCUGAUGAUGAUGAAAACGAUACAUUUUACAUUGGAAGGGUGAUGUUCUUCAUGCAGUAUGAGAUUGAGUCAGAGGAUGGGGAGGAGGGACCCGAUCAAUAUAUGUUGGCAUACGUUGAACAUAUGGACGUGGGGAGAGUGAGGAAGGUUAAGUUGGCUUACAGAGUGGAGCAUCGUGGUGUCCAAAAACUGUUUGUGGAAUUAACAGAUAUUCAGGAAUUAGUAGGUGUCAUCAAGUCACGCGGUAAGGACUUCUUGGUGUCAAGAAGCUCGUGCUUCUGGCCAAAGAAGAAUUUUUACUGGAGAGAGCAUGUUGACAACAAGAAUCUUUUUGAUGAUGCUAGCGGGCUUGAAUAG